AUGGACUGGGCACAUCUAGCGGGAGCUGGAGGAUGGAACAAGCUGUUCGAUCGCUACUACAGGAAGCAGGAAAUCUACGAGAUGAGUUGGAGCGACGUGGACCUCUCCAAGAUGAUCGUGGCAGGAUCGCCAUUUGCUGGUCCCUUCGCCAUGCUCCGAGAUGACAAGAAAAUCUCCCUCAUCUCUGCCGGAUCGCUAAGGCCGACCCUCAACAUCUACAGCUCCUCAGGAUCGCUACUUGCUUCCAUCCCGGCGCAAUGGAAGACGGGGCGGGUAGUGGAGAUGGGCUGGACGUCGGACGAGAAGCUCAUAGUGGUGCUAGACGAUGGGACUGUGAUGCAGUUCUCGGCUGUUGGGCGACUCAUCCAGACUUUCAGCAUGGGGGAGGAGUUCAGGACCGACCGUGUGCUGCUCUGCUGCAUUUGGGGAUCGGGAGUCGUUUGCCUUUCUCGCUCGCAUUCUCUCGUCUUCGUGGACAACUUCGAGGAGCCGAUCCCAAGGCGAAUGCCGAGGCUGGGGGACAUCGCGAGCAGCCCGACGUGCAUGGUGAUCAUAGAGCCGUCGAUGACGCAGUCGAAGGGGCUGGAGGUGCUGCUGGCAGUGGACAAGACGAUCCUGGUGGUUGACAUGACGGGGGUGGAGGAUCAGAAGCUGACGGCAGGCCCGAUCCGCCGGAUGAGUGUCUGCCCCAACGGCAAGAUGCUUGCUGCUUCACGCACGAUGGGUUUGUGUGGCAAGAAUCUGUCAGAGUUCCCGACCAAGAGCCAGGUGCCUCCGCUGCAGCUGGUCUGGUGCGGCACAGACUCCGUGGUGCUCUACUGGGACAAGAUCGUGCUCAUGAUCGGACCGUACGGGGACUGGGUGAAAUACGCCUACGACGAGGCCGUGUUCCUCCUCCCGGAGAUGGACGGAGUGAGGAUCAUCUCCUCCUCCCGCUGCGAGUUCCUCCAUCGCGUCCCUGACAGCGUCGUUGACAUCUUCAAGAUCGGCUCCUGCACCCCAGGCGCCAUUCUCUUCGACGCCCUGGAGCUGCUGGAGAAGAACGACGCGAAGGCGGACGAGAACAUAAGGGGGAUCCGAGACUCGCUGCCAGAGGCGAUCUCCGUGUGCCUUGAUGCCGCCUCGCACGAGUUCAGCGUCGAGCUGCAGAAGCAGCUGCUCAAGGCAGCCAGCUACGGCUCCUGCUUCCUUGAGGCGCACAGGCCGACCAGGAUGGUGAACGUGCUCUCUUCUCUCCGCAUGCUCAACAUGAUCCGAGAGCCCCGUGUUGGCCUCCCCCUCACCUUCCCCCAGCUGCAGAGCCUCUCCCCGCAGACCCUCGUGCUCCGGCUGGCACAGCGGCAGCAGCACUACCUUGCGCUGCAGAUCUGCGAGCACAUGGGGUUGAAGAAGACUGAGGUCCUCGUCCACUGGGCAUGCGAGAUGAUCCGAAGAGGAGGAGACUUGACGGACAAGGAGCUCUACGACGCGAUCCUCGCACGGCUCCCCUCUUCUGGGCACAUCUCCCUGGCGGAGGUGGCGGCGACGGCAUACGCAGAGCAGAGGACGGAGCUGGCCAACCUGCUGCUGGACAACGAGCCCAAGGCAGGGGAGCAGGUGCCGCUGCUGAUCAGCAUGAAGGAGGAGAAGCGAGCGCUGGUGAAGGCGCUGGAGAGCGGCGAUCCUGACCUCGUCUUCCUCGCAAUGCUCCACAUGCAGAAGUCCAAGACUACGUCGGACUUCUUCCAGAGUGUCCUUCGUCAUCAGACGGCCAAAGAUCUCAUGCUGCUGUACAGCAAACAGCAGGAUCACACCCUCCUACGACAGCUCUGCCAGGCCAUGGAAGCGCCGCAUGAAGCUGGGAGCCAGCUGCUGUUGGAGUCUUUCAAGGCGCCGGAUGUGACGAGGAGGAGAAAAGGGAUGGAGCUGGCGAUGUCUCUCUUCUCACAGAGCAAGGAUGAAUCAGCCAAGCUCAUGGCAAAGCACACGGAGGAGCAGAUUCGACUGCAGGAGGCUCAGCUCGAGUUGGAGCAGGCGACCGGAAGAUCCGUCUUUUUCGACACAUCAGCUAGCGAGACGGUUCGCCUCUGCUUCGUCUACAACCAGCACAGCAGGGGGCUGAGGAUAGCCAAGGACAUGAAGUUCUCGGAAAAGCUCCUAUGGAGCCUCAAGGUCAGCGGCCUGGCAGAAGGACACGACUGGAAAGAGCUCGAGAAAUUCUCGAAAGAGCGGAAGACGCCCCCCAUUGGGUUUGAGCUGUUCGUGGAAGCUUGCAUCCGAGAGAAUCGAUUUGACGAGGGGAUGAAGUACGCGAUGAAGAUGACGGACAUGGCAAGGAAGAGCGAGCUCUGUGUGAGGAUGGGAAUGCUCAGGGAGGCAGCCGAAGCUGCCGUGCAAGCAAGGGAUCGAGACAUGCUCCUGAGCGUAAGGUCAAAGUGUACGAACCCUUCAGACAUGGCGAUCAUCGACAACCUCGUGGCUCAUUCAGGUUUGUGAGAAGAGAAGAAGGAAAAGACAUCGAGAAGAUAUCAACAUCAAGACAAGGAAGAUAUCAACAAGACGCGGAAGAUAUCAAGAAUUGUUGGAAUGCAAGACGGGACAUGCAGACAGUACAGAGAGGAAGAGUGAAGGAGUUUGCAAAGAAGAAAAUGAUCAUUGGAUUGCUUCGUCUAUCUGUGCUGCACUCUCGAACCAUUCUGCAACUCCUUAGAUCUUUCCUGAUCGAAUCGCAUGACCACGAAGUUUCCGCGAUUUGCUUCAAUAAAUUCUUUAGAGUU